AUGGCUCAUCUUCGGAGCCAAGAUCUGUUGGUGCAGACUCUCCCUCAUCAAGAACAUCGCAAAGUAAACAGUGUUGUGAUGCUAGGCAAACAGAAUUCUUCAUCUACCUUAACACACUUAAAACCUCGCAACAGCACUAGUAGUAUGGAACAAGCUCCAAUGCAGCUCUCACAAAACGAAGAAGAAGAUUAUGAAGAAGAAAUAGAUAGUGAAGGGGAUGAGUACUCGGAUUGUAGUGAUGAGGAGAAAUGUGAUGAAACAUCAACAACCAAAAGUAACAGACCAACAAGAAAAGCAAAGGAACAAGGCAGUAUUAAAACCAAGAUGUUCAUUCAAGGGCUCGAAAGUGACGAAAUAUAG